AGCAGCCUUCUCUGGAGGUGCGGAGUGAAAUGAGCAGGAUUUAGCUCUUAUAUUGGAAUAGCUUUAAGGCAACUGCAAUAUAACGUUAGAACACUCGAGACCAAGACUGGUUUUACAGCACUGAUAGAUUAGUAUUUUCGCUGGAUCGAUUAACUUAGCAUUUCAAAUUUCUAGUUUGUCUGUUGAAGUGAAGAACAGUCUAGUGCCAAGAUACCAACCUCCCUUAACGAAAAAGAGAAUUCUUAAACAGUAAUAUAUACCUUUUCACAGUGUCUGUAUGCAGACAUAUUUUAAUAGCUAUAUCAAUCUUUGUUUUAAUAAGAAAGCUGCUUGCUUCAUUAACUCGCAAAAUAUUUCUAAAAAAAACUGUAGUUUCACUUUUACUAUCCCGUGCAGUGAUUUUUUUACUAUCUUAUAAAAUGCGUUUGUGGGUGCAUUUAGCUUUGUUAAUAUUUGCUGUAACGAAUUCUGCACUUUCUGCUGAACUGUUCGAAUCGGAGGAGGUUGUACCUGUCAGGAUAAGCGGAAGAAACAGCGGUCGCUUUUGGAAAAGGAGCGAAGAUCUUCCAAGUUACAAACUUGUCGCUUUUGGCAAAGACUUUGUGCUGAAUCUCACCCCGGAUGAUAGCUUUUUAGCCCCGACUAUUAAGAUUCUCCGAAUCAAAGCCAAAUAUCUUCAUGUGCUUUCUGACCUUGACGCUCCAAGUGCUGAAGCUGAGAAACUAAGAAACAUAAACGAAACAGAAGACGGUGAAGAUCUGAGAAGAUGUUUCUACUCGGGGACCGUGGGCUUCAACCAAGACUCCGUGGUGGCCGUUAGCCUGUGCAACGGCAUCCGAGGAUCAUUUAUAACAGAAGGGGACGAAUAUCUGAUUGAGCCGAAAGUCUCCGGCAAAGGAGCGUCUGAGAAAUCGGCCACGCAGUUACAUGUGAUCAAAAGAAGGGUGCUGGCCAGCACAAAAGGCGAGUCAAAGGUCACAUUCGACCAAAUGGAAGAUGAAAAGCAGGAGAACCCAGGGGGGAGCAUUUUAUUCAAGAGAGCGGCGGAGGCCAGGAGGAUGGCGAGAAAGAAGCGCUUUGUUUCUGCAGCCCGAUAUGUUGAAACUUUGUUGGUGGCAGACCCGUCAAUGGCUCAGUUUUAUGGGGAAGAGAUAAAGCACUACAUACUGACCCUGAUCUCCGUGGCAGCUCAGAUUUACAAACACCCCAGCAUCAAGAAUUCGGUCAACAUGGUGGUGGUCAAGGUGUUGAUUGUAGAGGAUGAGGAGGUAGGGCCCUCCGUGUCCAGCAAUGGAGGCCUGACUCUCCGCAAUUUCUGCUCCUGGCAGCGACAUUUCAACCCGUCCAGUCAACGGCACCCAGAACACUACGACACAGCCCUCCUCUUCACCAGACAGGAUAUCUGUGGUCACCAAAGCUGUGACACCCUGGGAGUAGCUGAUGUAGGAACCAUGUGUGAUCCAACUAGAAGCUGCUCAGUCAUUGAGGACAAUGGCCUCCAGGCCGCAUUCACUGCUGCCCAUGAACUAGGCCAUGUGCUCAGCAUGCCACAUGAUGACUCCAGGAACUGUGAAAGGCUUUUUGGGGACCUAGGGGAGCAUCACAUCAUGGCUCCUGUGUUUAUCCACCUGAAUAAGACCCUGCCUUGGUCCCCCUGCAGUGCACUCUACAUCACAGAGUUCUUUGACAAUGGGCACGGGGACUGCCUGCUGGACGCCCCUGAGAAAGCUAUUCCCUUGCCCACCGGCCUCCCUGGGUUGGCUUAUGGCCUGGAUCGGCAAUGCCAGCAGAUUUUCGGCGAGGAGUUCAUGCACUGUCCCAACACGUCCGAGGCCGACGUCUGUAGCCAGCUCUGGUGCCGGGUCGAGGGCCAGCCGCACUGCACGACCAAAAACGGGAGCCUCCCUUGGGCCGACGGCACGGCCUGCGGCGCAAACAGGUCCUGCCUGGACGGCGAGUGCCGGGAGACGGAGGAGAUCCUGAAGCCGAAGGCUGCUGUCGAUGGAAACUGGGGGGCAUGGGGACCGUGGGGGCAGUGCUCCAGGACUUGUGGAGGGGGAGUGGAGUUCUCCUACAGAGAGUGUACAGACCCCGAGCCCCAACAUGGGGGAAAGUACUGCGAAGGACAAAGAGUCAAGUACCAGUCCUGCAAUAUCCAGCCCUGCGAGGACAACAACGGAAAGAGCUUCAGAGAGGAGCAGUGUGAGAAAUACAACAGCUUCAAUUACGUUGACAUUCAUGGAAAUGUCAAACAGUGGAUCCCAAAAUAUGCUGGGGUGUCGCCCAGGGACAGGUGCAAACUGUUUUGCAGAGCGAGAGGCAGCAGUGAAUUCAAAGUGUUUGAAGCCAAGGUGAUUGAUGGCACGCCCUGUGGUCCCGACACCACAUCUAUCUGUGUCCAAGGGCAGUGCAUCAAGGCAGGAUGUGAUCAAGUGAUUGGAUCUAACAAGAAACUGGACAAGUGUGGAAUGUGUGGUGGGAAUGGCUCUAGCUGCAGGAAAAUCACUGGCUCCUUGAAUAAGGCUGUGUAUGGAUACAACGACAUCGUGACAAUCCCGGCUGGAGCCACCAAUAUCGACGUCAAACAGCGGAGCCACAGAGGGAUCAAGCACGACGGGAAUUAUCUGGCCGUGAGAGCCGAGGAAGGGGAGUACAUCCUGAAUGGCAACUUCUCGGUGUCCACGGUGGAGCAGGACAUACCGGUCAGUGGGGCGGUGCUCAGGUACAGUGGCUCCUCCACCACUCUGGAGCGCCUGCAGAGCUUCCACAGGCUCCGAGAGCCCAUCACCGUGCAGCUCCUGGCCACCGCCGGGGAGGUGUCCCCUCCCAAGGUCAAGUACACCUUCUUCAUCCCCAAGGACGUCUCCUUCACCAAAGUGAAAGGGAAGAAGGCCUCCCCGCAUGUCAUCCAGCCCAUCGGGAUGUCCCAGUGGAGCCUGGGGGAGUGGUCAGAAUGCUCGAAGACCUGCGGCUCGGGCUGGUCGAGGAGGAACGUGGACUGCCGGGACGGUCACGGGCAGCUCUCGGGCCUUUGCGACGGCGAUCUCAAGCCGGCGGACAUCAGGCCCUGCGGCGACAUCCCCUGCCCCAUCUGGCAGAUGGGCCCCUGGUCCUCCUGCUCGCGAACUUGUGGCCAGGGAGAGCGCCGGCGCAGCAUUUUCUGCAUUGACUACGCGGGGAAAACAGUGGAGCCCGAGAACUGUGACCUGGCGAAGCAGCCCAAUCCAGUGUCGGGCGAAUGCUUCUAUCAGGAGUGCUGAGGCAGGGACGAAGGGAAGGAAGGAAGGAAAGCAAAAAGAAAAGAAGAAGGCGAUAGAAUAGAGAACUACUAACGACCCCUGACCGUGCUUCUGAAAAAAGCAGGGAAAUUUCAUAGGUGGAAACUGAAAAAGUGCACUAACUGACCUGAGCGGGUCUGGUUUUGGCCUGUUUGAAAGACUAACUUGACUUUUUUUUUCUUGUUUUCAUUGUUUGUUGCUUUUGUUUCUGUUGGUUUUUUUUAUAACCACUAUUGAAGUUUUUACCCAAUAGAAAUCUACCUCAGAGGUUGUAAAAUUGUUGCCUUCUAUAUAUUAGAUGAAGAUACUGUAUUCAUAUUACUGUUUCAGCAAAGGAAAGACACCUUUGUGUGAGACCAGACACCAUUGGACUGUAAAAUACCUCCACACACCCAUCAGAAAGCUCUGCAGUUUAGGCUAAAGACUGAAUUGCACAUGGAUUUUGAGUUCUGUAAAAUUGCUUUUAACAGCUGGACCAUUCCUGGUGUUUCCAAAGUUACCUUGUGAAAAUAUCGUUGCACGAAACUGUCACUUCCUUCAGCUGCAAGAGAUUGAUCUGUAAUGCUAAUUUCUAUGUAGUAUGGUUUGAAAGAAAGCAAGAAAAGAUACCCUCCAUUUAUUUAAAGCUGUAAUUCUUGAGCUAUCUAAAUGCUGUGAAUUAUUAUCUCCUUAGAAGCUUUCAGAAAUGCGGUAUUGAUGCAACUUUCAAACAUUCAAUCACAAUUUAAUUUUUUUAGCUUAUUAAACCAUUUUCUAUUUUCUGUAGAUGCAAAAUUAGACUUAAUAUCCUCAUAAUGCACAGCUGUAUCAGCUGCACAAUUUAGAACUAUGUAAUUCUGCAAAAGGGCUUAUGUUGAUAUUGGCACUUUUUUAAGCUCUUAAAUCAGCCGCAUAAGAAGCAUGUUACUGCACUUGGUAAGUAAAAGUAAAUGGUUCUUUUCCCGUGAAAUAUGAUGCAAAUCACUUCCCUUAAAAAUAACAUUUAAUUGGCACCACCAUCUCACAGAUCUGGAGUAACCAACCAGACGGUACAUUUUGAGUGGAUACACACUCUGUUUUGUUGUUUUCCACCCAAAACAUACAGUAUCAGAAAAAUACACCUGAAUAUUAAAUGACAGUGUAAACGUAUGGCGUGCUACAACAUACAUAAUCCUUUAUGGAACCAAGUUCAUUAAAAUAACUUUAAUAAUAAGUUCAUUCUCAUUAAUAAUCCUUUAACGGGUAAUACACUUUAAUAUGGAUUCAACGUGUUUUUGCUUCCAUCUGGAAUAUAAGAGAUUUGUACCUAACCAGUUGAUCCUGAAUGAUUGCAUUGACGUUGCAGGUCUUUAAUACUGUAGCGCAUUCGCCUGGCGCUGCUGCAGAAGAGAUUACAAUACAAACUAGUACUGUUUAUGGUAAUGGGGCAUAUAACACCGGUAAGCCCAUUACUUUAAGGUAUGCCUAUUACUUUGUAGCUGCUAUGUAAUUGUUCUACCCUGCUAGCAAAAACAAAAUGCCUUUUUGGUUCCUACAUACACGUGAUCUUGGAAUUGCAAUUUUUAAUUUAUUUUUCCAUGAAUUUAUUUCUUUUUAUUUUGAGCUUUUGGAGAACCCAUCUAUGUUUUUCUCUCCGCCCCCAUUGUGUCCCUGUGGAUAAACUUGAUGUUUGCAAACCUAAAACACACCUGCAUUCUCUCACCUAACAAACCAGCCAGCAUUGUGAAUCCUGACAUUUUAACAUGGUAGUGAACGUGCCUAUGAAACGUGCAGCAUUGUGUGAACUUUUGUCAUCAUUUAUAGGCAACAGACAAAACAAAAUGUUAAGCUUGUCAUAUUUACAACCUAGGCACUGUUGCAAAAUUUUCAGUGUGUGUGGAAAAUCAUUAGUAAUAGUCUUUGAUUAUCAAUUUUCGUAGUGAAUCAGGAAACUGAUUUGUAUGCAUUUAAUGUUGAUUUUUACUGCAUUAGUCUAGGAUUAUUUACACUUAUGAAGUGUAAAAGUUCCAGUAACUUAGAGAAUGACUUGCUCCUUACAGUAUCUGUCAGGAGUCUGAUCUAAUUCAACCCAGUGGAACAGGGUCGGUGAAUUAUUUCACCUUUUCAUCUGUUUGGUAGAAACUACUAACCCAUUGCAUUAGUGUAUUUAAAGGUUAUUCUUACGAUUAGAAGAAAACUGCAAAAGAUGAGGGUAAAGUUUCAUUAAAUAGCUACCAAAGACCUUUAGCGCAAUUUAAAGACAGGUAUGUGUCUACACUGUGAUAGGUUCCUGAGGACCCUAUCCUCCCAAAUAUUGAAGGUAAUGUAUUGCUACUUUAAUUGGAUGUAUUAAUUAUUUACUAAUAUAUUUGGCUGAUUUAUCCAAAGUGAAUUCAAUUUGCGUCCGUUAAUAAAGCUGGGUAUUUGACUGGA